GUUGGAGGAUCAGUCAGCAACACGCGCCCAUAAACAAGGACGGGACGAGCGCGUGGCCAGCAAUACGAGCGCACCGUGUUGUGUAUGUGUCUGUGUUUCAGAGCGCGUUUACCAGAACAGAAAACAGAACUACAGAUUGAAAAAUUGGGACUACAGAAUCGCUAUAAAACGGCCUUUUAAUUGCAAUUUCGGAGUUCCUCCAGGCUUAUGCGAUUGGAGUGACUCGGAGGCUCGUGCCUUUCCCCCUUCCAAGGUUCCAGAGAGGCGCUUAGAAAAGCCCUGUGCAUUCCUCCUCUCGAAGAGAGGGAGGGAGGGAGAGAGAAAGAAGGGGGAUACGCAUACGUAAAUGCAUACGUGCCUGGAGCUGGUUUCGACUGUGGGACUGUGCAUAUAGAAGGGGGGGUUUAAAAACGGAGACGGUUGGGGAUAUUUUGUCGCCAAACGGACCUAUAGAGCGGCAAUGAGAUCGAGUUGCUGUUGAGCCAAUGCUUUGAUGAAUAAUUUACGGUCUUGGCGGCGGAGAGAGAGCGAACCGAAACCACCGUCUUCUGCAAGCCUCUGACGCCGUUGGAGAGGGCCCGGAUGGUGGACUAGAGGGCCGACAACGUUGACGCUAAAACGGGACGAAAUAUUUGCAUUGAGUAGUGUGAUGCUGUGUUGGUUGGGGAGGAAAAAAGGAGCUUUGGGCACUUUGAAGGGGAUCCUGUACAAAAUCUGUUUUCGGACUAUUCUAUAAACCCGCCAGGCCGCGACAUAUACAACAAAAACAACAAACGAAUGAAUAAACAAAAACCAGUGAACUCUAAAGGUGGCUCUUUUGGAUUUGCCCUCAUGAAAAUAGCCCACACAAAAAAAGACAGAAUAGAUUUAGGCCUAUGUAAAGUUGGCCAUAAUUGUAGUGAGUAGCCUGUAAUAAUUAUUCUAAAGCCUUAUCCAAGUGAAGACAUUGUAUCAUUGUGAACUGAAAUUAAUGUUGCUAAUUUGAUUUGAAGAGAAUCUUAUAAAAGGGCGGACUUUAUUUGCGUAUCUGGCGUCAGUUGACGGUUAUUUUUUGGAGAUAACACCUAUAGGGCCUAUCCUAUGUAUGUGGAGCAUUUUGACUGUAAAAAACGACCUACCUCAAGAACCUGUUUUCCACAGAAGAGAACACAAGGGGAGAAACAAACGUACGUUUCCCAAAUGAAUACCCCAGUAAUACCUGAGUGGAUGUUCUUAUAAAGUGUAGCCUUGUUUAAAACCCCUCAGAUGGCUUCAUUCUCAGACUCCGACCUACAAACCUGUCCUCUCUGCAAGGAGCUCUGUGGCUCCUCCUCCACUCCUAUUUCCUCCAACUCCUCCACCUCAUCCUCCUCAUCUCAUUCCUCCUCCUCGUCGUUCUCCUCCCGGCGCCUCCAUGUCCUCCCCUGCCUCCACGCCUUCUGCAGGCAGUGUCUGGAGGGCCAGCGCAGCCCUGGGGACCCUCUCAAACUCAGCUGCCCCACCUGCAAUCAGAAGGUCUCCAUCUCUGAAGCCGGAGUGGACUCCCUCCCUUCCUCCAACUUCCUCUUCAGUAACCUUCUGGAUGUGGUGGUGAGCUCCGAGGAGCAGCUCCAACUCGGCCAGAAUAUCAACGGCCACCACCGGGGGGUCAGCGGGGGCUCCAUACCCGGGUUCCACCACCCCCACGGCGGACUCCUCCGCCCACACCGCCUGGGAGAGCCUACGUGUAGCUCUUGUGACGAGGGGAACCCGGCCGGCUCCCACUGCCUGGACUGCCAGGAGUACCUGUGUGAUAACUGCGUCCGUGCCCACCAGAGGGUCCGGCUGACCAAGGAUCACUUCAUUGAGAGGCUAGCUGAGAGCCUGCACCAGCACCAAGCGGGUCGAGGCAAGAUCAUCCCCAUCGGAGGAGGUGGAGAAGGGGGGGGAAGCGUGGGCGUCUCCCUGGCCCAGUCCUUUCACUACAACUUCUCCCUGCUACCUUUGUUCCAGGACAGGAUGAGCUUCUGUCAGAACCACGACAACGAGGUGUUUCUGUUUUUCUGUGAGACGUGCUCGGUGCCGAUCUGUAGGGAGUGUAGUGUGGGCAGACACGUGGGCCACAGCUUCGUCUAUCUACAGGAUGCUGUCCAGGACUCCAGAGACAUCACCAUCCAGCUACUGGCCGAUGCACAGCAAGGAAGACAGGCUGUACAGCUGAGUAUGGAGAAAGCCCAGGCCAUAGUGGAGCAGGUAGAGAUCAAGGCCAAGUUGGUUCAGACAGAGGUGAAGAACAUCAUCCUCAGACACAAGAAAGCCCUGGAGGAGAGAGAGUGUCAGCUACUCUGGAGGGUUGAGAAGAUCCGCCAGCUGAAAGCCAAGUCUCUGUACCUGCAGGUAGAGAAGCUGCAUCAGAACCUGACCAAGCUGGACAGCACCAUUGCAGCCGUCACUCAGGUGCUCGACGAGGGCCGUCACCUGGACGUGCUGCUGGCCAGAGAGCGCAUGCUGACCCAGAUCCAGGAGCUCAAGUCUCUCAGAGGCCUGCUGCAGCCACAGGAAGACGACAGGUUCAUGUUCAUGCCUCCAGAUCAGGCCCUGUACAUAGCCAUCCAGUCCAUGGGGCUGAUCAGUAGCGGAGCGUUCGCUACCGUCACCAAAGCUCAUGGAGAGGGCCUAAAGACCGCACUCCGCGGCAAGCCUGCCUCCUUCACCGUGAUUGGCUACGACCAUGACGGGGAGCCCCGCCUCUCGGGCGGUGACGCGGUGUCAGCAGUAGUGAUAGCAGCAGUGGAUGGUAACCUGUCGGCUGCCGAGGUGUGUGACCACCUGAACGGGUCAUACACAGUCAGCUAUCUGCCCAAAGCAGAGGGAGAAUAUCUGGUGUCAGUUCUGGUCUGUAACCAGCACAUCAUGGGUAGCCCCUUUAAGGUGCUGGUGAAGUCUGGGCGGAGCUAUGGCGCCCUGGGGUCCCCGGUGUCUGCAUUCGGUGGUGAGGGGGAGGGGGAGGGGCAGCUGUGUCGCCCCUGGGGGAUCAGCGUGGACAAGGAGGGAUACGUGGUCGUGGCCGACCGCAGUAACAACCGCGUACAGAUCUUUAAGCCGUGCGGUGCCUUCUACCACAAGUUUGGCUCCCUGGGUUCUCGCCCCGGUCAGUUUGACCGUCCAGCGGGCGUGGCAUGCGACAGCCAACGCCGAAUCAUCGUGGCGGACAAAGACAACCACCGCGUGCAGGUGUUCACUUUCGACGGGCAGUUCAUGCUCAAGUUCGGCGAGAAGGGCACUAAGAACGGGCAGUUCAACUACCCCUGGGAUGUGGCGGUGAAUUCUGCAGGGAAGAUACUGGUCUCUGACACCAGGAACCACCGUGUCCAGCUCUUUGGCCCUGAUGGGUCCUUCAUCAACAAGUACGGCUUUGAAGGCGCUCUGUGGAAACACUUUGACUCACCGCGCGGCGUCGCCUUCAACCACGAGGACCACCUGGUCGUCACCGACUUCAACAACCAUCGUCUGCUGGUGAUCCGGCCGGACUGCCAGUCUGCCCGGUUCUUGGGCUCAGAGGGAACCGGUAACGGGCAGUUCCUGCGUCCGCAGGGCGUGGCUGUGGACCAGGAGAACCGGAUCAUCGUGGCUGACUCGAGGAACCACCGGGUGCAGGUAUUCGAGCCCAACGGGAACUUCUUAUGUAAAUUUGGUAUGCAAGGGAGUGGCUUUGGACAGAUGGACCGCCCCUCCGGUGUUGCCGUGACGCCUGACGGAGUCAUCGUGGUCGUCGAUUUUGGAAACAACCGCAUCCUCAAGUUUUGAAGAGUUCUAAUAACUUUUUGCUUUCUUUCGUUCUUUUUCUCGCUUUUUUUGCUCUCUGUUUCUCAGUUUGGGAGAGGAAAUAAAAGAGAGGAGGAAUCAACAGACAGACACACAGAGAGGACAGUUUAAACAGAGAGAUGAACAGAGCAGACGGAAAUACUUUAUUACGAAAUUAAGGGAAAACGGAUUUGUUGAUUAUUGUUUGUAUUUCUUUACAUUUAGCUUCAGAUUGUGGUAUACUGUAUGACAAAGGGGACCACUAAGAUGAUUGAUAAUCAUUAGUGAAAGUGACAAAAAAGAUAUCCGUAAUUUCUAUUUUUUCUAUCUCAACUGCUCAAAGCUCUCUCGCUAAACUCUCCUCAAAUCGCCAUCUCAGGGACUUUUCUCACAUUUCUUGAAAUAUUGAACCCACUGCUCCACCACCUACCUCAUCUAGUUCUUUAUGAAUGUACUCACACUCUCCGAGCAGAGGUCUAGUCCGUCAAGUUUUACAAAGAAGAAAAGAAAGUCUACCUCAAUACUGAAUUUUAUUUAAAGAGCAACAUAAAAAUGUUUUUUUUUUUUAUAUAUAUAUAUAUAUUUGCACAGGAUUAAUAGGAUUCAUGCUGUGCAUCUUGGGUAAUGUGUUUUGUUGCUGAGACACUCGGAUGCUGUAGUUCUACGCUGCAUGUUUAGUUCUGGUUAUAGAAGCCCGACCUGACCUGUAGUGUAGUCUAGAGCGUUCAGUGGUGUCAUUUUAUGUUAUCUAGAUUUAGGGUAGCUUGUUAGUUAGUAAAUCUCUGUUUAGAAUUGCCCCCUCAUCUCUCAAUGUGUAGUGUCAUGGCACUGUCAAAGGAAGAAGAGAGGGUUUUAUGUAAUGCCAAGCCUGUUUAGACUGAUUCAGCGUUAGUUAGUUAAUUAGUUAGUUAGUUAGUUAGUUAGUUAGUUAGUUAGUUAGUUAGCUCAAGCCACAGGAGGAGACUGAUGUUGAGGUAAAACUGAUCAGUAGAAUCAGAAGAAUCUCCUUUAAGCUUUACUAGUUUAUUGAUUAUAGAUCGCAGCGGAACUGGGACAGAUGCAGUUUGAUGAUUUGUUGGAAUCACGAGGUAGUCGUUGUUGUGGGGAGAUUGUCCCAAAUGAUCCUAUUAUCAAUUGACUAUUGUUGAUUCCCCUGUCAGGCAUCAAAGUAUUACAGGAAUAUGUUCAUGGUUGAUUAAGCAAAGCAUGCUGGAUCUAUAUACAGUAUAAGAAAAAUAAUGAAAAUGCAAAAAAAAAUGAGUGUUUGUCUACUCUGAAACAGAGGGCCCACCAAAGUAUUUCAGAAGUUUAUCUGGAGUUAUCAGGAUGUUGUAUCAGUUAUUGAUUAGGAAUCGUGUCGGAGUGACAUCUUGUUGUGAAUGAUGCAGGUGGAGAACGAUGCCUCCAUAAAGAGAGCAUCUUGAGUAACUGUCCACAGGACGUGACCGACAACAGUGAGAGCUAUUAAGAGAUCAGGGUUGGAUUGUGUGUUGAUUUGUGGGGCAUUCCGAUUUGCUCUUGGGGCCUAGAAUUGAAUCUAAUCCCCUUGUGAUGUCACUGCAAAGCCCCUCCCUAUUUAUUAACUUCCAGUCUGGAAUGCUGGAGAGAGAGAGUGUUCCGGAACAAGUGCAUAAAAAAAGUUAUUGGAAAUGUUUUUAAACCAUUGUCUUAAACUCAGGGCCAUGAGAGAAGAAAAUCUAAAAAGCAAUUGAACAUGUUUAAUUCACUCACAAACUUCAUCUGAAAGUUUCAGUAUUGAUUAUUUUAAACCCAAGACCAUAUUUUAGAACAGUAAUCUCAGUAAGAAAUAUGCUAACAUGAUUGCAAUUGCUAGCUAGAUAGCUAAAAUGGUUCCCUAGCAACAAACAUCUUAAGAUUUGUAAGAAGAUAUUUGAGAAGUUCGUAUGAAAAUCAUUACAUCUUAAGAUAUUGUUGAGGAAUUGCACUUACGAACUAUCUUAUGAACUUCUUAUUUUCUUUCUUAAGAAGCUUCUUAAGUUUUUGAGUAAGAAGUGUUUUGUGAAUCUGGGACCUGACCUCCAAAAGAUGGAGGUAUAUACCGGUAGAGCCCAGCUAGUGGAGUCAACCAAAGAUAGAAUUUCUGCACAACGGCCACCUGUAGGUUUGGCAUCUAAAGAACUACAAAUUGAUAGAAACACUUUGUUGUUUAAUCAUUAGUGUUGGAGGUCUAAAACCCUCCAACUCUCACCAAAAAGAUGCAUUCAAAGCACUGUCAAUGCUGUCAAUCACAGUCAGGUGGGGAGAAGAGGAAUAUAGGGCCAACUGUGGUGAAAUAUUAUUAACAUUCACACAGUACUGUAACAUCCUGUUGAGACAAGAAUCCCAGCCAUAUAAAACUCAAUAGGUUUAUGUAGCUUUGAUUUUGAAGUACUUUUCAGGCCCACGUCUGAGGAGAACGUUGUAGAAAGGUCUGAAACCAGACCAUAUCGCACAGCAACCAAAGAGUAUAUGUGUGUGAUUUCAGUCUAGCAUCACCACCUAUGUUAACGUGACACUGACUCAUAACUCAUAUGACUCAUAACUAGCAUCCCUUAUUAGCAUUAGCAUCUCAGCCUACACAACCAUUGAGUGCUAACAGAUUCCUGAUUUAUCACCUCUGAGGUGGAACUGUUAGAGGGGUUGUAAAUACCCCUUUCCCUUGUAAAGUUAGCCACUCCCUUAGCAUAUCCUAGCCUAGCGGUAUGGGCGCUAUUAGUGGGUCGCUGACUGAACUUCUUACCUCAGAGGAAAGAGUAGGCCUGCACUUUCCAUCCUAAUUUACAUCAACUUACACAUCUCUUCAUUUACCUCAACAUAUAUAUACCUCAACUUUCAUAUUCCUCACAUUUACUCAUGUGUAUCUCAAUUCUAAUGUAGCCUACCUCAACCAGUAACUUGCAUAUACAUAUUGUUACAGAACCUAUAUUCUCAGACCUCAUCAACAUACAAAUGUCAUUUUGCAAAUAUACCUCAGCACACAUUUGACCUCACACUUGAAAUGCCUCAUGUUACAUACAGUACACAUAGGCCUACCUCUCAAGUAUGUUGACUAGUAACUUAUAAACAUAAAGUCUCUCUUAUGGACUGUAUACCUUAGUUUCACUUUACUUUACUUUUUAACAUACCUCAUGUUACUUUUACCUCAACUCACAAUUUAAUACAUGUUACCUCACCUGUCAUUUAAUUUGAAAUUACAAGUUACAAAUGGCCUUCUCUUCACACUGUGUCCAUGAGUGGGUUGUUUAGAAGUGUGGUGAAUUAUGCCUUUUAAUCAUAUGGAGAAACCAAAUAAUGCAGAUCUGAGAAUUGUGCCAAAAAGAUAUCUGUGAGAGUUUGGUGCCAAAUGGAGUUGGCAUCAGAAUGACACUGUCAUAGAUGGAGAAUGUCAUUGGACCAUUAUAUCCUAGAUACAGUGCCUUGCGAAAGUAUUCGGCCCCCUUGAACUUUGCGACCUUUUGCCACAUUUCAGGCUUCAAACAUAAAGAUAUAAAACUGUAUUUUUUUGUGAAGAAUCAACAGCAAGUGGGACACAAUCAUGAAGUGGAACGACAUUUAUUGGAUAUUUCAAACCAAAAACUGAAAAAUUGGGCGUGCAAAAUUAUUCAGCCCCUUUACUUUCAGUGCAGCAAACUCUCUCCAGAAGUUCAGUGAGGAUCUCUGAAUGAUCCAAUGUUGACCUAAAUGACUAAUGAUGAUAAAUACAAUCCACCUGUGUGUAAUCAAGUCUCCGUAUAAAUGCACCUGCACUGUGAUAGUCUCAGAGGUCCGUUAAAAGCGCAGAGAGCAUCAUGAAGAACAAGGAACACACCAGGCAGGUCCGAGAUACUGUUGUGAAGAAGUUUAAAGCCGGAUUUGGAUACAAAAAGAUUUCCCAAGCUUUAAACAUCCCAAGGAGCACUGUGCAAGCGAUAAUAUUGAAAUGGAAGGAGUAUCAGACCACUGCAAAUCUACCAAGACCUGGCCGUCCCUCUAAACUUUCAGCUCAUACAAGGAGAAGACUGAUCAGAGAUGCAGCCAAGAGGCCCAUGAUCACUCUGGAUGAACUGCAGAGAUCUACAGCUGAGGUGGGAGACUCUGUCCAUAGGACAACAAUCAGUCGUAUAUUGCACAAAUCUGGCCUUUAUGGAAGAGUGGCAAGAAGAAAGCCAUUUCUUAAAGUUAUCCAUAAAAAGUGUUGUUUAAAGUUUGCCACAAGCCACCUGGGAGACACACCAAACAUGUGGAAGAAGGUGCUCUGGUCAGAUGAAACCAAAAUUGAACUUUUUGGCAACAAUGCAAAACGCUAUGUUUGGCGUAAAAGCAACACAGCUCAUCACCCUGAACACACCAUCCCCACUGUCAAACAUGGUGGUGGCAGCAUCAUGGUUUGGGCCUGUUUUUCUUCAGCAGGGACAGGGAAGAUGGUUCAAAUUGAUGGGAAGAUGGAUGGAGCCAAAUACAGGACCAUUCUGGAAGAAAACCUGAUGGGACGGAGAUCUGUCUUCCAACAAGACAAUGAUCCAAAACAUAAAGCAAAAUCUACAAUGGAAUGGUUCAAAAAUAAACAUAUCCAGGUGUUAGAAUGGCCAAGUCAAAGUCCAGACCUGAAUCCAAUCGAGAAUCUGUGGAAAGAACUGAAAACUGCUGUUCACAAAUGCUCUCCAUCCAACCUCACUGAGCUCGAGCUGUUUUGCAAGGAGGAAUGGGAAAAAAUGUCAGUCUCUCGAUGUGAAAAACUGAUAGAGACAUACCCCAAGCGACUUACAGCUGUAAUCGCAGCAAAAGGUGGCGCUACAAAGUAUUAACUUAAGGGGGCUGAAUAAUUUUGCACGACCAAUUUUUCAGUUUUUGAUUUGUUAAAAAAGUUUGAAAUAUCCAAUAAAUGUCGUUCCACUUCAUGAUUGUGUCCCACUUGUUGUUGAUUCUUCAAAAAAAAAUACAGUUUUAUAUCUUUAUGUUUGAAGCCUGAAAUGUGGCAAAAGGUCGCAAAGUUCAAGGGGGCCGAAUACUUUCGCAAGGCACUGUAUGUGUUUAGCGAAUCAAAGCAGUUGGGGACAGAUCCCUGUGCUUUGAUUGGAUGCACUUAGGGGGGCUGGCCCCCUUUUGCUUUACCUCAUUUUGCAGAUCAGCAGAGCUGUAACCUGAUUGUCCAACAGUGAGAGUGAUUGUGAUGUCACUGUUGGCUGAUUGGCCUUAGAGUCUUAGUGAUGUCAGAGGCACAUGAUCAUGUAAGAUACCCCUUGUCAUUUGUUGCCAUGCGGGAGAGGGAGUGUUCUCUCUAAAGAGUUAGGACCUCCAUCUUACUCCCCUUAGAUGUACAAGAAUGACCUCUAAUUUCAGCACAAUACACCAUUUCUCCUCAGUAAGAACAUUUACAAGUGUGGACUUUAGAGUUAGCGUAGUGUUGGUUGAGGAGGAUAGUAAUUUAUUUUGAGAUGAGUGUAAAAGUCAAACUCUUUGACAAAGCAAAACUGUGGUGUAUAGGAACACAUUGAGUGAAUAAGAUGUUUAUUUCACAUUAAUAAGCCUGUUUAUUACAUGUUAAUACAGUGGAGACGUUAGCACAUUAAAGGGCAAGUGAGUUGGAGUCCCCAGGCCCUGCUGCUUAGAACCCACAACCACUUCACCGAUAUGAUCUGUCGAUGGGUUUCAGUAUUACUAUAUGAAAUGUGUAGUCUGCAUCAAUCUUUUUUUAAAUUAAGUUGCAGGAAAUCAAUCUUUUUUUAAAAUUAAGUUGCAGGAAAUUCUAUCUUUAAGAUCCUUAGGUCUUCACUCUUAAAGAGGAAAAACAUGUAUUUUAAACUGUUUUGUUCAUUGUUUUUAUUUUCAUUUGUUGCAUUCUUUCAAAAUUCUCUACAGUGAACCAACGUCUCACAGAUAAAUGGGUGUUGUAAACUCAGAUGGGUGGGUUACUGAAUCUGAUUUUGAUGAUUUUAUCAUGAUUAUAUAGCCAAAGAUGUGUGUGUGUUAGGAGUACAUUGGAUGUAUUUAACCUUUUGACCUUUGCGAAUGUAUUUCCUGUAACCAAGAGGCUCUGCAGAAGCCAAUCAGUGCUCGACUGGCCAUGUCUUGAAUCCUGAGAUGGGGAAAAAAACAGCUCAACUCGCCAUCCCUUAAAACAGAGAUGUAGCAGAGCCGGUUAGUACAACAACAACUUGUAAAGCUGCACAGUCAGCUUUUUUUAAAACCCCCCCCUCCUCUAGUGUUUUUUGCAACCUCAUACACUAUCUGUGAAAAGAAGCUAGGUUUAUUGACAAGUUUAGCUGCCUAGCAUCGCUAGAAUCGCUUGAUUCCCCCUCAAUGAUAUCCGGGAAGUGUGGUGAUGUCUUCGGAGGAUGUGAUUGGUCGCCUGUACUCCUGUUGGGCGGGGGUUUUAUUGGCCCCUGUGGUUCUGUCCACCAUUUUGUUUCAGGCCUCUCUUAGCAUUAAGAGAAAAUAAAAAGAAGAGACGUUUUUAAAAGUGAAACUGCACCAGCUGGAAAGUCUGCAAGGUCUUAGACCUCUGUCAAUGACUGUAUCAUCUUUAAAGAAAAGAAAAAUAUGAAAAAAAAUUGAAAGAUAAAAAAUAAAAUAAACUCAGGUAGUUCUAUGUCCCUACCCUGUGGGUGUCACAGUGUAACAUGUCUCCCCAGUGAUGUGGGUGUCACAGUGAAACAUGUCCCCCCUUGUGAUAAUGUAGUGAACCUUUCUGUUAUGACCUCAGUACUGGUCUCAUUGGUCACGUUUCAGGACAUUCUUGUUUUGCAUUCGCGCUGUGCAAACGAUGAGAUUUCUAUAUGGUUCCUGUGCUUUUAAACACCUCUACAGGCUUUGUGAGAUGUGCAGCACGACUGUGGUAAAGACGGGCUGGAACGCGACCAAAACUUCUAUGUGUGUGUCCGUUUAGCAUAGUACACAUUAGUUUUCAAUCUGGAAAAGAACCGUAUAAUUUUUGGGGGGCUUUUUAGAUAAUCUCCCUCAAAUGUACUCUUUUAUUUUCAUGUUUUAUUUUUGUUUCAUUUUUCAAUUGUUUGAUUAACACAAAAGGACAAAUACUCCAGACCACACGACUCUCUGCGACCCUUUUGGAAUGUAUUUCUUUUUAAAGAAAAGGGUUUGUUGGGAGUUCAUGUUGAUUAUUGAUCACACCCUAUCCGUUGCUAGCAGGAACACAGGACAGGACUGAUACUGUACUACCAACCAAUCAGACUCUGGAGAAUUAGAACGGAUGCCACAUUGUCAUCCAAUAUUCCAUGCCAAUGAUGUUCCACUGAGUUGCAAUUUAGAAUGUUACUGUCAUAGAGCUUUUGUGACAAUAUGGCAUCUUUAAGAAUUUUAAGUCUCAGUUUAUCAACACUUAGACUCUUUGUAAGCCUAUUCCUCCAGGGCUUAGUAAUGCACAGCUAAUUCAACAUCACAUCUUUUAACAAGGAGUUGUCCUAACAAGUUGUCUAGAUAAAACAAGGAGUUAACGGCUAGAGAAGUGGCUGUGUCUUAAAAUAGUUUGACCCUGUUCUGUCUUGUAUCCUGUGUGCAGGCAGGUAGUGUGUGUGUGUUUGUGCGCUGCAUCGUGUUGUUGAACAGAAAUCCACUGAAUGUAUUCUCCUCUCAGUCCACGAGGUAGGAGGAAGGCAGGGACCAGCCAAGUUUAGAUGGGUGCUGCUGGCGCUUCUAUAUGUGUGUGUGUGGGGGCGCACAUCCAUGAGUGUUUUGUGUUGGUGUACUUUCGUGUGUGUAUGUGCAUGCGCAUACCUGUGUGCGUUUGUGUGUUUCCCCCUUUCACACUGUGGUUGGUGUGGAAGUGCCGAUGUCAGGUCUUCAGUCUAAAUAUGGCAAAGUAGACUAUAAUAUAUCGGUUACCUGCUACACUCUGUCUUCUGUGGACUUUAAACGUUUCCUAUGCAGUUAUUUGGUUUACACUUAAAUAAACUUGUAUUUCUUUGA